GGAAGUUGGGGAGUCAGGAGAGAGGAACGCCACGCUCCCUCCACUGAGGAAGAGCCAGGAGGAGGUGAGGAGGAGGAGGAUGACGGGAGAGGAGAUGACACGCGGGGGGGGGUGGGGAUGGGAGUCCGAUGCAGCAUUGACGUCCUACCGUGCGCGCUAGCGUGGAUGCAAAACGAUGCAGGACAAGUAGCCGAUGGUCUCCUUCCCUGGUUGACGAUUUAUUGAGAGGACACAGCAGCCGACGUGGCCACCUGAAGAGCCCUUCCUGAUCUUGUUUGAGGAUCUCUGGAACACAUCAAGCUGAACUAAACCCCCGCUUCCAGCCCGGAUAAAGAGCCUGGCGCUGCUCAUUUGACGUGAUUUAAACUUUGUGAAGUUCGACGGACGACAUCAAAAAUACACAUCCAGGGGGAGCUCGGGCCAACGGCAAAUCGGUUGUGCCAUUAAUCAACAAGGAGGCUUUUUGAUUUCUUCAUGAUGACGUGGCGCAGCGAUGGACGCUGUAUGCCGGCGGGCCAGUUGACCUGCAGACGCGUCCCGUAGGAUUCUAUUUCUGGAGCCUCAUUGCUUUUACAGAUUAACCGCCCUCCAAUAUGGCCCCAAUCCGCACAUGGCGCCGCGACUUUGAUGCUUGGGCAUAAUCAACACGCACUAUUUAUCUGCGCAGCCAUCUGAAACACAUCAUCAAGCCGUCCAUUUUCCUCCACAUAUUCUGUUCAGUGUGUCAGCAAAGCAGGAGUGUAUCCCAGCUGACUUUAGGCAAAAGGCAUAUCAAAAACCUGGAUCUGUUGCAGGACAAUCGCAGAACACUCAGACGACGAACUUGCACCUUGAAAAUCACAAAAGGCUCAUCCAUGAAAUGACGAUCAUUCGUUAGCCGUUAUUUUUUAGAACUUUUGUUCAAACCCAAACGGUAAAGUUUGAUGUGGUACUCCUAGACCCUGGAUGGGUCGUUAGUUAGUCGAUCAGUGCUUGUCAAGAUAGAAACAAAAAGAACCUGAGCAUUUAAAUCAAGACUGCUCUCAAGCACUUUUUUUCUGAUCCUUGACGGGAAGGAUUGAUGUAAUAGUUCUAAACCCUGGAGUGGGCGUCAGACAGUUGCAGGGCACAUUGAGACAGACAACAAACUCAGACUUUGAAAUUGCAGUCAUUCGUGAUCAGUCCUCAACUCUCAUUACUCCCUGCCCCCAAAAACAGAAACAGACUGGAAACCUGACCAUUUAAAUCAAGUGUUAUUCUUUUGCAGUCAUUCCCCAACUGUCAUUUCCACACAGAAUUUUUUUCUAACUCUGGGCGUAAACGAUUAAUAUGAUAAUCCCACACCCUGGAUUGGUAACUACUCAACUGCAGGGGACAUGGAGAGAGACACCUGGAAAUCACAACAGCCUGUGAGUCUUUUACCUUAGUUAGUGUUCAUUGCACAACUGUUUCCACACCAGAACCUUUUCUGCAAUCUUUGAUGCCAAGGAUAGAUGUGAUAAUCCGACACCCUGGAUUGGUCGCCCGUCAAUCGCAAGGCACAGAGACAAACAACUGAACUGAGCAUCUAAAUGAAGACAGUCCAGAGUAUCAUCCAUUAGUUAGGACUAUUUCUCAACUCUCAAUUCCACCUUGAUCUUUUUUUCUCCCACGCCAUCACAACACUGUGUUCUGUUAGCUUUGGACUGUUCCAGGAUUUACAAAAAGAGGUUUUCAUUGGUUGUCCAUUAUCAGAAAGGAGACGUGAACUGGAAAACCAAAUACUUGAAGAUCAGAGGCUUUGGAAUCCUUCAGCCAUAACCUGCAGGGGACGACGGAUAGAACGUGUGUUGUCGUCGUCGGCAGCUGAGCUUUCACCAAGAGAGAAAUCAACGAAUUGGAUUAAAGAUGGAUUAUCGCUGAAACACUAGCAGCCGGCAAAGCAUCUAAUCCCAUUGUGCACUCUUCAGGGGGGAGCCCCUCCGAUUCUGCAGAUUACAUUUUGGUGCGUGGAUGCCAUUCAAAGCCAGUGAUGGAGAACCGCGAUGAGACGGAGCACCCUCUCCUGGGAGAAAGCCCCCAUCGGCCAUCGGGACCGGCUCCUGGGGGAGUCUUCAAGGGAAUGCUGGUCAAGUGCGAGGAGGACAUGGCCUACCCUCCGUUGGCAUGGAGGGGCUACUGCGGACACCCUCCAGAUGUUCAGCAGCCCCAUCAGCUUCUGGACCCGUGUUCCUUGCCCCGCACAUUUGAGUCUUUCUACCCGGCUGCGCCCAUCUGGAGCCACGGCGACUCGCUGCUUAGUAAGGACUACCUGGAGACCACCUUUGUGGACAUCGGUCCGGGAUCCACAAUGGAGCGGAAGCUGCUGGCCGAGGCGCACAGUGACUUCCACAGCGCCUCCUACAGCAUGGAUGAAGAAGACGACCUGCUCCCCGAUUCAGACGACUCGUCCAUAGAAGACUUCAGCGAUAGCGACAGCGAGAGCAACUUCCCCCUGAUGAUCCCUCAGGACUACCUGGGCCUCGCCUUCUUCUCCAUGCUCUGCUGCUUCUGGCCCCUGGGCAUCGCCGCCUUCUACCUCUCGCAGAAGACCAACAAAGCUUCAGCCGAGGGGGACCUCCAGGGCGCCAACGCGGCGUCCCGCCAGGCCUUGUGGCUUUCCGUGCUCUCCAUCGUGUUUGGGAUCGUCACCUACAUCUGCGCCAUCGCCGCCCUCAUUUCCUACUUGUCUGCCAAGCCACCGUAAAAAAAUAAAAUAACAAUUGAUUUAAAAAAAUUUUAAAAAGCUGUGAAUGCUCUCCUGGAGCUAAGAAAACAAACAAACAAACAAACAAAAAAAAAAAGAUCUUGUGCACAUGCUGUCGACAGGUACUUGAAAAAUAAUCACAUUUUAGCGCAUCAGCUCCUCUACCUUCAAUCAUAGUCAAAUGGCCUUUCGCUAAGACCCACCCGCCACGGGUCUGGUACACGCAUGAAUUGUUUGACAUUUUAAGGGAUAUUUUAUCUGUUACAGACCCAAAUAUGAAGAUUUAAAAAAAAAAAAAAAAAAAAAAAUCAGGCAUACAACAGUUUUGACUGUGCGACGUAAGCUCCGGUAAUAUCAACACAGGACACCACAGACGUUAACCUUUGUGUUUUGGGUUAGACGUUUGCUUUCAUUUAUGUCCGCUUCCUUGUUCCUCAGCUGGCUGAUUGGCCACAUUCCGUUCCACAUCACAAUUCAUAGAGUCAUGACUCGGGAGAAUAUUGAACGCGUUUAAUAUUUAGGAUUGUCGGCUCAGCCCGUUUCAAAAUCUAUUGUUGUUCCAAAUUCACUCCACAGGAUGAUCUGAUAUGAUGAUCCGAUAAAACGUAGGAUAACUUGCCGUUUGUCGUCCUUGGUCGGAAAGGGGCAAAGUUGGGAGAAAAACGGCGCAAUUAUCUUUGUGUGUACCAUGACUGACUGGUGUCAAACCAAAUCACGACAAAACUUAAAAUUCAACAAACGAGAUGAAGGACAUUGAUAUUAAGCAGUGACACUUCUCCUGUAAAGUUGGCUAGCACUCAACCUGGAACAUGUUGCUCACCUCGGUAGCUUUGUGGCUAGGACUUCAUUUCAAUUAGAAUCCUUCAAACGUUUCAACCAGAAACACAAGCAGUAGCUAGCCACUAGCUCACUGUUUACCAUAACAAUGAUACAAAAAAAGCAAAUCUCUGUUCUGUGCUGUGAUUGGCCAAUAUACGUUUAGGAGGAUGUGGCUUUGCGCAAGAUAAAUUCUAAGCUGUUCAUUUAUUUUUUGGAAUUGGAAAUGCGCUUGAUUUACAACCUGCAGCUCCCUGCCACCCCCUGGACUCUCAUUAGCUGUACCAAAGUUAGUCGAGAAACACACUGUAGAUAUCAUCCUCACGGUAAGAACAAGAGCGCGUAACCGAGAAGUGGAUUCUGAUGGACCUCAUCCUGGGGUGGUGACGUUCUGAAACCACACCACAACUCAAAUCUUAAAAAAACAAAAAAAAAAGAAAACAUAAGCGAUGAGAAUAAUAUGGAUUCCCAGACAUGAUGUUGCCACAAUGUAAUUGUUUGCUUCGUACAAAUGCUAACUUGUGACCACAAAAUAGGCAUAAUGUGCACACAAAAUACUAAUUAACUAAAAAAACUUGCACAUCGGGAUAAUCAACUGGAACAUACCUUUCCUACCUUAUUGUCCGGAAUGACUUCUUAACGCUUGCAUCGCAAAGCAACACUGCAUUCAUUUGUAUUUUGUGGUCUCAUUAUUCCUACUUUGUGACCAUGAUUUAGUAUUUUGUGCACACGUUCUACUUUGUUGUCAUAAAUUAGUAUUUUGCACAUUA